AUGGGAAUUCAUCAGCUUAUGUAAUUUCUGAAGGAAAAAGCACCUAAUUGUUUUAGGACUUUGAUGCUUGACUACUUUGCUGGCAGAACUAUCGGUUGUGAUGCAUCUAUGGCUAUGUAUUAGUUUUUAAUUUAAACACAAUCUGCAGGAUUAACACAAAUUAUAGAGUUGACAGAUAAAGAAGGUAAUAGAACUGGACAUCUAGUUGGAUUAUUUAAUAGAACAUUGCAGUUUCUUGAGAAUGGAAUUAAACCUGUUUGGGUAUUUGAUGGAAAACCACCUUUAUUAAAAAGUGGUGAAUUGGCAAGAAGAAAAAAAUUAAAAGAGGAGGCUAAAGUUAAAACUGAAUUGGCUCUCGAAUAGGGUGACAUGCAAUAGGCUUUACUUCAAAAUCAAAGAACAACAACUAUAUCUAGUAUUAUGAAAGAAGAUGCAAUCAAAAUGCUAUAAUUAAUGGGAUGUCCUGUUAUUAUAGCCCCAUGUGAAGCAGAAGCUUAAUGUGCGGAAUUAUGUAGAGCAGGAAAAAUAUACGCUACAGCAACUGAGGAUAUGGAUGCUUUGACAUUCAGAACUCCAGUUUUAUUGAGAGGGUUUAAUACAAAAAAGGAACCUAUUUAUGAAAUCAUUUAUGAUGAUAUGAUCAAAGAAUUAGAAUUAACAUAUGAAUAAUUUGUAGAUCUAUGCAUUUUAUGUGGAUGCGAUUAUACUGAAAAAAUCGAAGGUAUUGGACCUGGAACAGCAUAUAAACUCAUUAAAGAAUAUAAAAGCAUUGAGGGAAUUUUAGAGCACGUUCAGAAAGUAAAUGCAGAAAGAGAAAAAAAUAAUUAAAAUCCUAAAUACACAGUGCCUUCAAAAUUUUUGUAUUAAGACAGUCGAGAGUUGUUCAUUACUCCAUUAGUAUAAAAGGGAGAUGAACUUUAAUUAACUUGGAACAAGCCUGAUGUAGAUAAUCUUAAGAAGUUUCUUAUUGAAGAAAAAGGAUUUGCAGAGUCUAGAAUAGAUAAUGGAUUAAAAAGAAUAGCUAAAAAAGAUCCCGCAGGUUUUUAAAGUAGACUGGAAAAUUUCUUUGGUAAAACAACAAAAAUAAUUCAUCCAAAUAAUAGCAAAGCAAAAGCUAAAUCGAAUAAAAAGACUGAGCAGCCUUAAAAAUCUGGUGGAAAGAAAAAAAUUUGA